CUCCUCUGGCUGGGCGUGGUGUCGCUGUGGCGUGGCAUCUUCCUGCUCAUGGACACCGACUCGGGCCUCAGCUGGCUCUCCUACUGCAUGUUCGCGACGGCCGGCCUGCUCGUGCUCGGCAAGCUGCGCUUCCUGGCGACGGCCGUGGCGCUGCCGCUCUCGGUCGACGUCGACCUGGCCCGCUCCUUCUUCAGCCACGAGUCGCCCCUCGGCUCUACGAUGGCGGAUGAGUACCACCUGCGCAGCAUGGACGCCUUCCUGGCCUGCGUCAUCACCUGUAUCAGCACGUUCCUGUGGCGCGGUGCCUGGGGUAUCAUGGAUAAGUGCCUGCUGCCCCAGCAGCCUGCCGUCUCGUUCGCCAUCUCACUGGGCCUGGGCUUCGGCAUCACGACGCUGGCCUAUGUCGUCCAGUUCCCGGCUGUCAAGUGGAUGCGCUCGCUCUCGUUCGUGCCCGGCCUCUUCGUGCACGAUGCACUCGCGCUGUUCGGCUUUCUGGGCGUGAUAAACGUGUGGCGCGGUGUCUUCCUCUUCUUCGACACGGUGCUCCACGCUGGUUUGCCGGCCACGUUGCGACUGCCGGUGGCGGCGGCCGUGGUCGCGACAUCAGUGCCGCUGCUGAUGUUGCUCCGGCUCUCCAAGAACCUGCUGCUGUGCGGCGUCCAGCGCGACGUGCUCGGACCGCUGCCCUUCAACUGUAGGUGUCUGUCGCGCUUGCUGCAGGCGAGAUCCUUGAUCAGCUACGUAGCUCCCCGGCCGACCCAGGCCUGGAGGCCGGGCCGGAUGCUUGUGCACAUACCGAGAGAUACUGACGGCAAGACAGAGACGCUCAUCUGAGGGGCGUGGCAGCUUACCUGAGCCGCCGCUCCGGCCGCCGGGGGCGCCACUCACGGACCAGGUCACACGGCGGAGGCAGACGCCAACCGUACGAAUCAGUUGGAGCCUGGCGGACGGCCUCGCCCGACAGGAAACCGCCGGCCGCCGACCGCAGAGGCCGCAGCAAAAACGAACGCAAAACGGGUGGAGAGACGAGUUUCAGCGCUUGUUUGCUAGUCUUGUUGACGUCGUGAGAUGAGACGACACUUGCACGUAUGAAACGCGCUGGUCUCCGGCGAGCUGCGCUCUAACGAGACAGCUAGCGCCAGUCUCUCGCGGGAGCACAUAUGCAUACUGUAUGAGCUGCGCCUGCAUCAUGUGAGGGCACUCGUGGAUAUUGGCCAACGUGCUAAUGUCAGUCCUAUGACUAUCUGAAUGGGCGUGGUAACAGCAGCGUACGCAGAAUUGGACAGGUAAGAGGGGGCGGGGAGCACGGCCCGGGCGUUCUCUGUGCGUGCGCCCCCGCACGAUAGUGCAAUGAGUGGAGUUCUUGCAGUGCUCACAUGCAAGUUCAGCAGCUCAUGUAAGCAAUCAGUUGUGAAUAUUGCUUGUCCAGGCUGGAGCGGUGAGAGAGAGGCGAUGUCCUGGAUGCAUCACUGGUAUGCACUCACAUGCACGCCUGCGGUUGUGAUUUUGUCGUAAAUGGAGAUGUGUAGUACGGCGUAUGCCAGUAUUGUAACUGUUCGAUCUGCCAGCUGGUCAGGUCAUUUGACGUUGUUUGUUAGCAUCCCAGCGACGGCCACCUAAUGCUGCCGAUUCCACUAGAGUGCAAUGGCUGCGUGUCUUAGACGCUAGAUGUCUACGCUAAGGUUUAUUUGAAAUAAAGUUAAGCACGUGUCGUCCGUACAUGCUUUCGUUAUGGUUCGUCAUAAAACAACCGCAUAGAUGCAAUUUUAUGCACUGUAAAAUAUAUACAUAGA